CAACUUCCAACUCUUCAUCCAAGCCCCAUUUUCUUGACCCUCUGACAUCUUCUCUCCAUCAAACAAUUACAAACAACAAACAAAACCAUGUCCAGCUCCGGAAAGGACUUCAGCUACAAGGGCUCCGGCACCAACAGCCAGGGAAAUCACUGGUGCUCCCGCGACUACGGAUCCGGUAGCUCUAACUCGAACUCUUACCACUACUCGAACAGCAACGGAUCUUACUACUACUCCAACCCCAAUGGAAGUACCUACUACAACAACGGAAGUGGUGGUUCGACCUAUACUCCUCCCAGCGGAAACGGUGGCUCGACCGGAAAGAAAUAAGUGUGAAGCUUAGAGCCUUGAACGCUGAGGAGGAUCACAUUGAGACUUAGUGGUAGUAGCUCAAUGCAAUAUCUCCUGUAGCUGUACCAGUUAUUGUUGGGAUUGAGCUUCUUUCUUCCCCAUCAAUGACGAGGAUAAUAAUGAUGGUAUAGCGACGGAGUAUCUUUACACCGCAGGAAUUCGACCUGACGUUUGCUUGUUCUUCUCCAAAUGCA